UCUCACUUGUGCUCUGCUCGCUGCCUUCGGGGGGUUGGUGUUCGCUUCUCCAGUAGCCCAGCGCGUCCCCGCCAUGACUCCACCGCCUGACCCUGCCGCAAUUGCGAAGAGGGCCACGACUUGCACUUUCUCGGGCUCCAACGGCGCGUCGUCGGCCAGUAAGUCGCAGGCAUCAUGCUCGACCAUUAUCCUCUCUAACGUGGCUGUACCGUCCGGCACGACCUUGGACCUGUCCAGCCUGAACGAUAAUACUGCCAUCAUCUUCGAAGGACAGACGACCUGGGGUUACGAGGAAUGGGCUGGGCCACUGCUGCAGAUCAAAGGCACCGGUAUCCAGAUCUCGGGCGCCUCAGGGGCGUACCUCAACCCCGACGGCGCGCGCUGGUGGGACGGCAGCGGUGGCAGUGGUGGCAAGACCAAGCCCAAGUUCUUCUAUGCCCACGACCUAACUGACUCCACCAUCACCAACCUGCACAUCCAAAACACACCUCUCCAGGCCGUGAGCAUUGAUGGCUGCAACGGCUUAACUAUCACUAGCAUGACUAUUGAUAAUUCGGCUGGCGAUACUGCUGGUGGCAAGAAUACGGACGGCUUCGACAUUGGCUCGAGUUCUCAGGUUGCUAUUUCUGGGGCUAAUGUGUAUAAUCAAGACGAUUGUGUUGCGGUCAAUUCUGGAACGGACAUUACAUUUACCAACGGUGUCUGCUCUGGCGGACAUGGCCUAUCUAUCGGCUCCGUCGGUGGCCGUUCCGACAACACAGUUGACACCGUCACAUUCAGCAAUUCCGAGGUUAAGAACUCGGUGAACGGAAUCCGGAUCAAGGCUAUUGAGGGCGACACAGGCACUAUCAAGAGCGUGACUUACAAAUCAAUCACGCUGGCCUCCAUCUCAAAGUACGGCGUCCUGAUCGAGCAGAACUACAGCGGCGGCGACCUCGACGGCGGCACCCCGUCAAGCGGCAUCCCCAUCACCGGCCUGGUGGUCCAAGACAUCGCGGGGUCAGGCGCCGUCGCAAGCACCGGGUAUAACGUUGUGGUCGCUUGCGGCAGCGGCGCCUGUUCUAGCUGGACGUGGUCGAAUGUCGUCGUCACUGGCGGUAAGACAUAUGGUAAUUGCAGCAAUGUGCCUAGCGUUGCGUCUUGUUAGUCAAGACAGCAGGGGGAAGCCUUCGAACUCUUGUUAAAAGUUGGCGAUUUGAGCGGCUAGGAAGGGUCGACAUUCCGGUAGUAUAACAGUUUGAACUUUGAAUUCACACCUAAGGGCAUCCACAUCUGAGGUUGAAUUUCUAUAAGAAGAAUGACAACAAAAGAUCUAUUGACAAUUAAUGGGUUCUUGACAGUCUCUAUCCUGCACUGCCUCCGAUAGAGGGGAAACCGAGGUCGUAAGGCUGGCAAUUUAUAAUAAUGCAAAUAUAUUAAAAAUAUCAGGAUAGUCAGUUAAAUGAG